AUGUUACCUGUCGAAUUGCUGGAGCGCAUAUUGCUCUACGCGGUUACUACAAACCAAGGAGUGGUGAAUACUAGAAGAGUUCACCAGUUGGCCCUUGUCUCGAAAACCUGGCGUAUCCUUGUCUUGCGGCACCCCGGUUUCUGGACCUCAAUCACCGUCUCCAUCUACACCUCUUAUCAAUCUCACAAGCAACUGGAUCUCCUAGAGGACAGGCUAAAGCGCUCACGCUCGCUUCUUCUUGACGUCGUAUGGGAAAUUUCAAGCGACUGCGAACAAUUGAUACCGGAUAUUGUCUCUCGUUUUGCAUCGUAUGGGGGGUUUGUUCGCUGGAGGACGCUUGUAACGCGCGACUGGCCUUCCCUUACUCUGGACGAUAUCGCAGAGUUGGGUCCGCUGCACAAUCUCACAGAGUUGACGUUGAAGACGCAGAUCUCACAGCGAUUCUUCGACCAUAUUCUCUGCACCGCGACUCAGCUGCGCAAACUCGACGUUAACGGGGGCGGCAGAGAUCUAAGCCUCCAAUAUUCGCAACUGUUCCCGCGUAUUACACAUUUCACUGGACCGCUUCACCCGCCCAACUGGCAUGCCCAAAAGUUUCACAACCUUCGUCAUCUAGAGGUCACUCACCCAACGGACGGCUUGACUCCGGAUGUGCUCGAAGGUCUUCACUCCCUCAUCCUACGCGGAACCUGUGUGGUCGAUCGUGCGGGGCGAAAUGCACCAAACCUUCGAGAAUUGACCCUCGAAGGAUACGCGCGCCGAGCUAUCCAGGUCAUCCGCGCUCCCAACCUCGAAUGUAUCACACUGCGUAGUGUGUACGAACUUUCUCACAUCAUGCAAGGUCUCAAGGACAUCUUGGGGAACAGCCCGCGUCUUCGUCGCCUCUGUCUGAGGACACCGGUCGAGUUGGGGGACCUGCGCUCUCUCAGAGGACACGUUGGAGACAACAUUGAAGAGGUGUCGAUAUGCAUGGAUCUACGGUCCUCAGCUACCUAUGGAGACAUUGCGUCGGCGUUUGUGGAGAGGUUCCCGUGGUCGAGAAAUCCAGCAGAAGAUGGAGAUGGCGAGGUUCUCUUCCCCCGUUUGAAGAGUUUGGAGAUUUUUGCGGCAUACUCGGGUGCAAUUUCUGACAUUUAUUGUGGCCUUGCGAAAAGAUUGCUGCAAGGGAGGGUCGGAACGCAACUAGAGUUUGUUUCCUGCAGAGUGGAUGGCGAAAGGGUCUUUAUUGCCUCUAAGAGGGAUCUUUAG